AUGGGAAAUAGUUCCAAACACCCAAAUUAAUAGGGGAAUCAAUCUUCCUUACAAAUGAAGCAACCGAAUAAACCUGAAGAUGAAUUGACCAAAUAUUUGACCUAGAGCUGCUCAACUUUUCCAUCAUCAAUUCUCAAAAAGCCCGACUACAAAGCUUCAAGAGUAAGUUGUUUAAGGUGCGAGUUUUUACUCUUCGACGAUGGAUUGGGCAGAACUAACAAAUGUGAAGAAUGCCAAAUUCCCUAUGUCAUAAAGGAUGGAGUGAUCACUCUCUUGAAUCAGAGUCAGGAGGUUCAAUGCUGCUCAUAUAGUUUCCCAAUGUAAUAUCUAGAUUAGGUUGUGCUGCGUGUUAAUCAGACUUGCAUUAAUCACAUCUCAUAUGGACAUUUGAUGACCCAAAUUAUAUUGCCCUUCUUCCAGACGAGAGAGAGAGUAAUUACAUCAGGGGCUUGCUUCAAUAUCGACUAGUUUGAAUUCCGAGUGGUUGGAUGUGGUUCCCAACUCCAAGGUAUUGUGGGUACUGGCACAAAGAUCUACUGUUAUGAAUCAUAUACAGACAGAAUCCUGUACAGAUUGAAGGUGUACACCCAAAGAAAAAACUGUUAAGAUGAACUUUUCCAUUAUUUCUUUUCUCAUCCGAAAGAAAAUCAGCUCAUUUAGGGUAUGACUUUGUGGGACUAUUAUUAGAUUCAAUAUUUUAUAUUGCAAUGCACUGAGUAAUCUGGGAGAUUGCACUUAUACACAAAAAUGGAAUGCAUUUCGAAUGUUCCCAGGUUGUCUUCAGUCUAAUUCAUCAUUUUGAAGCAACCCAUAGAAUUCACUCGUAGCAAUAGAAAUCAAGCAAUUCAGUAAGUACUUAACCAAGUCAUCCAUCCGUACUUUUCAGGAUUGACUAGAUAUUUGGAGAAAGGCUAGAUUUUGAGGAUUGGAGAUUUCAUUUUUGAAGUGUGUUUAGAUGAGGAUUAUGGCUUUGUCAUUCCAAAUUAAACACACAUUCAAAUCACAGAUUAAGUUGAUUAGCGAAUGAAUCUAUAGCAACUGCAAUCAAAUCAAAGUUAUAAUAUUAUAAACAGAUCUACUAAUAAUGGAAAUAACACAAGAUAGGACUAGAUUGAAUCCUUGCACAGAUUGUUGAAUACUUUCAUAUAGUUAAAUGAAAAUGGCACUGUUGAGGGUCACCUGGGAUGUGAGGAUCAUGAGAUAUAGUAAUUGCCAGUAAGGAGGAUCAAUUUAGAGUAAAUUAAACAAUUGGAUGAGGACCACAUGAAAUGUCUAAUAUGUCUUUGUGAAUACGAAGAGGAAGAUCAAGUUAAGACUAUUCCAUGCUUACAUUAUUUUCAUGACGAAUGCAUAGACAAAUGGCUCAAGAAGAGCAGACAUUGCCCAAUUUGUAAAAAUGAGCUAGAAGUUUGA